CGAGCCAGGGAGGCAGCGAUUGGCCCCUAGGUUGCCAUCCUCCGUCUUCUAUUGGUCGGAACGGCUCUACGUCACUUCCUUUCUCCCACAAUCCGGCUAGCUCUUAAAGGGCCAGUAGCGGCUCCCAUUAGGAAGGGGCGGGGGGAUGGGAUCGAUCAGUCGCUCAUAGGGUCGUGAGGGACGCUGAGGGAACGUUUCCAAUGAGCCCCGGUUUCUGCGGUGAUCCAGGAAGACAACAACCCAAAGAUGAGAGUGAUUCGAGUGGGGACCCGUAAGAGCCAGCUGGCUCACAUACAGACAGACAGCGUGGUGGCAUCGUUGAAAACCUUAUAUCCCGGCCUGCAAUUUGAAAUCAUUGCCAUGUCCACCACUGGGGACAAGAUUCUUGAUAUUGCCCUCUCCAAGAUUGGGGAGAAAAGCCUGUUUACCAAGGAGCUGGAACACGCCCUAGAGAAGAACGAAGUGGACCUGGUUGUUCACUCCCUGAAGGACUUACCCACCGUGCUGCCCCCUGGCUUCACCAUUGGAGCAAUCUGCAAGCGGGAGAUCCCCUAUGAUGCUGUUGUCUUCCACCCAAAAUUUGUUGGGAAGACCCUAGAAACCUUGCCGGAGCGGAGCGUGGUAGGAACUAGCUCCCUCCGCAGAGCCGCCCAGCUGCAUCGAAAAUUCCCACACCUGGAGUUCAAGAGCAUUAGGGGAAACCUCAACACCAGGCUCCGGAAGCUGGAUGAGCAGCAGGAGUUCAGCGCCAUCAUCCUGGCCGCGGCUGGCCUGCAGCGCAUGGGUUGGCAGAGCCGGGUGGGACAGAUUCUGCGCCCUGAGGAAUGCAUGUACGCUGUGGGCCAGGGGGCCCUGGGUGUUGAAGUCCGAGCCAAGGACCAAGACAUCCUGGACCUGGUGGGGGCGCUGCACGAUCCGGAGACCUUGCUGCGCUGCAUUGCUGAGCGGGCCUUCCUGAGGCAUUUGGAAGGAGGCUGCAGCGUGCCAGUAGCAGUCCACACAGCCAUGAAGGAUGGCCAACUGUACCUGACUGGAGGCGUGUGGAGUCUGGAUGGGUCUGAUAGCAUGCAAGAGACCAUGCAGGCCGCGGUGGAUGUCCCUGCCCAGUCGGAUGGCGCCGAGGACAACCCACAGCUGGUGGGCAUCACAGCCAGGCACAUUCCCCGCGGAGCCCAGUUGGCUGCGGAGAACCUGGGCAUAAGCUUGGCCAACUUGUUGCUAAGCAAAGGCGCCAAGGACAUCCUGGAUGUGGCACGGCAGCUCAACGAGGCUCAGUAGCGCCGCCUGAUGACACCGGUGCCUGUGGCCGGCCCAGCGAGCUGAGCCAUCACCGGACUCCACUGCUGCUGUCCCGGAAUCCCAGGGGCUUGCCUGGCCUCCAGUGAUGGGUGCCCCUCUCUAAAGAAGCCCAGGGUCCAGCAUUUGAAUGUAACCCACUCAAUAAAUACCCUCAAGGGUC